AUGAGUGUGAUCCAAAUCCUACUUCCGUUUCUGCUGGUCGCAACACCAGCAUACAGCUUUACUCAGAAACACUCCCAGCCGGAUAGGGGGAAUCUUACGGCCGGGAACUUCAUCGACUUUACGCAAUGGUUAGGCAUCGACUACGGAGAGCCCAAACUGCGCAAACGUUACGACUACAUUAUAGUCGGUGCGGGUCCAGCAGGCAGUGUCCUUGCCGCAAGACUCACCGAGGAUCCCGCCGUGACGGUACUGCUGCUCGAGGCCGGUCGUGCGGAGAUACCGCUAGUGUCUAACGUCCCGUUGGGAGCCCCAAAUCUCCAGUCCACGGAUUACAAUUUCGCCUACGAAUCGGAACCGCAGACGCGCGGAUGUCUUGGUCUGUGGGAUCGGAAGUGUAGCUGGCCCCACGGACGUGGCGUUGGCGGGUCGUCCAUCAUCAACUACAUGAUCUACACCCGGGGCAAUCGGCGCGAUUACGAUGCCUGGGCCGCUGCCGGCAAUCCGGGAUGGAGCUGGGACGAGAUGCUACCGUACCACAUCCGGUCGGAACGGGCGAACAUUCGAGACUUCGAUCGGAACGGAUACCAUGGUCGGGACGGUCCACUGUCGGUGGAAGAUUGUCCUUUCAGAUCAAAAAUAGCGACCACUUUCAUCGACAGUGCCCAGCAGGCAGGUUACCCGUACCGUGACUACAAUGCCGGCGACCAAAUUGGCGUGUCUUUCCUACAAGCGAACACACUGCAAGGUCGCCGUGUUACCAGCGGCAAUGCUUACCUUUUUCCCGCCCGGAAGCGUCCCAACCUGCACAUCCUGACCCGUGCCUGGGUGACAAAGGUGCUGAUCGAUAAGGCGUCCAAGGAAGCGACGGGUGUUGUGUACGUGCGGGAUGGUAAAACGCGGUCGGUAAAGGCACGCCGGGAGGUUAUACUGUCCGCUGGUGCGUUUGAAAGCUCCAAGCUGCUGAUGCUGUCCGGUAUUGGACCGGCGGAACAUUUGCGGUCGUUCGGUGUUCCGGUGCUGCAAGAUUUACCCGUGGGCGAGCUGCUGUACGAACAUCCGGGCGUGUUUGGGCCGGUCUUUAUCGUACGCGAACCGAUCGAUGACUACAUCACGCUGGAUGGGAACAUCAACCUUAGCAACCUCAUCCAGUACCUUAAAGGGCGCGGUGUGUUUACCACCAACUCGGUAGAGAGCUUGAUGUACGUGAAGUCCCCGGUGGCGGAAAGUCCCGACCCGGGGCUGCCGGACGUGGAAGUGAUGCAGGCAUUCUCGUCUAUCGACUACGACACCGGUAGCGGUACACCGCGUGCCUUCCGGUUAACGAACGCCACCUUCGAUGGUUACUUCCGACCGAUCAUGAAUCUGCGAUCGUUCCAGUACCUGCCGAUGUUGCUGAAACCGUACACGCGGGGCAAGCUACGUCUGAAGUCCACGAAUCCCUUCCAUCAUCCGGUGUUCCAGUACCGGUACUUUGAAGAUGACCGUGACAUUGAGGCUCUAGUGUAUGGCAUGCAGGAAGCGAUUCGCGUCACCUCCCAGGAACCGUUCCGGCGCAUAGGUGUUGAGCUGUACCGCAAGCAGGUGCCGGGAUGCGAGCAGUAUCCCUUUGGGACUCACGAGUACUGGCGCUGUCACGUCAUGACCUUGACGGCUACCUUCCAUCAUCAGGUCGCGACCUGCAAGAUGGGUCCACCGGGCGAUCCCGAGGCGGUGGUCGACCAUGAGCUGCGGGUGUACGGCAUGCGGAGACUUCGUGUCGUCGACAUUGGCGUUGUGCCAUUCCCGCCCACCGCACACACAUCCGCCAUUGCGUUCGUGAUCGGCGAGAAGGCGGCGGAUCUGGUGCGGGAUGCGGCCCGCAGCGGAGACUACAGCAGUAGGGAAAAGCAUUCGUCUCAGCCGGCGCAAUCUGUCCUCUGGUCACCCUUCGAGUGGCCAUUCGAAUGA